GGAGCUGCUGCUGAGUUGGGGAUGCAGGCUCUGAUGGAUGUUCGGUGCAAGAAUCUAGUGAACCCUGUAUGCGACUGGCUCGGUGAGAUUUACGAGCCCGCCUCCAGGGAAUUUGUGAUUCCGGGACGUGGAAGACUGCCGUUAGACGAGGAAUCCGUGUUCUGCAUGUUGGGUGUGCCCCGUGGAGAAAUCAAAGUCCCGUAUGAGGUCAAUAAUACGAUUGAGGAAACGUUGUUUGCCCGUUUGUUUCCUGGGAUGACAUCCAUGCCGAACACGACUGUGCUGGCAAAUUCGCCGGAGGGCAUGAAAACCCAUGGCGAAGUUUUUAAGAUGAAGCUACUCAUGUACCUGAUCUCAGCUGUUUUUGCGCCGACCACAUCUCUUCGCCCAAGCAACAAAUGCUUCCCCAUCCUGGCAAAACUGAAAGAAGUGAAGAACAUGAAUUGGUGUAAGUUCAUUGCGGACUUCCUGCAUGAUGCAUUCUCAAACAAGCUGUACCAGAAGGGUUGUCGACUCCAUUUAAUGGUAUUUUUGUACUACUCUUUUGCAAACACUCCUAGCUCCUUGAGCAUGCAUGGCAACCAUGAUGGUGACAUUGUGGCAACUACCAUCAUAACAAGAUGGCAACUGCCAACAUAACUAGAAUGGCAACUGCCAA